GUAUUAUUUUUUUAUUUGACAUAACAAUUUCCCACAGCACCUGAAGUGCACACCUGCAGGAGCCCACACCGCGGUCUCCAUCUCCUCUCCUACCGGGAUAUAAGCACCAGCAACCGGCCAUGGCGCGGAGGUUCUUUGUCGGAGGAAACUGGAAGAUGAACGGAAAUAAGGAGAGUCUGGAGGAGCUGAUGAGCACCUUAAACACCGCCAGCCUGGACGAUCAGACCGAGGUGGUGUGUGCUGCUCCCUCCAUCUAUCUGGACUUUGCUCGGUCCCUCCUGGAUCCCAAAUUUGGGGUUGCAGCCCAGAACUGCUACAAGGUGGCCAAAGGAGCAUUUACAGGAGAGAUCAGCCCGGCCAUGAUAAAGGACUGCGGAGCAGACUGGGUGAUCCUCGGACACUCGGAACGACGCCAUGUGUUCGGGGAAAGCGAUGAGCUGAUCGGCCAAAAGGUAGCUCAUGCUCUGGAGAACGAUCUCGGUGUGAUCGCCUGCAUCGGAGAGAAGCUGGAGGAGCGCGAGGCCGGCUCCACAGAGGAGGUGGUUUUCGCUCAGACUCAGGUUAUUGCAGAAAAUGUGAAGGACUGGGAGAAAAUGGUGCUGGCAUAUGAACCUGUUUGGGCCAUCGGCACUGGAAAGACAGCCACACCUGAGCAGGCUCAGGAGGUCCAUGAGAAGCUGAGGGUCUGGUUCAGAGCAAACGUAUCAGAUGAUGUGGCUGACUCACUGCGCAUCAUUUAUGGAGGUUCAGUCACAGGAGCGAACUGCAGGGAGCUGGCGUCUCAGGCCGACGUGGACGGCUUCCUGGUUGGAGGAGCCUCUCUGAAACCCGAGUUCGUCGACAUCAUCAAUGCACGCGUGUAAUACGUACCGAUAAUCACUAAACUGCCUUUAGUCUGUCACACUAUGAUGUUUCACCCGGACUAAAGUAACUCAUGCACAAAUUUCUUCAUACUUUUAACUUUCACUUAAAGGAUUUGUUGAAUGAUUAGUCAUGAAUAACAUUUUUUUGUUGUCCAAAGUUUAAUUCUUAUCAGUCUAAAAUGUGAGACACAAUAACAUUUAAAAACUUUUAAAAUAACGUUUUCAUUUUUUUUUUUUUACGUUGGUGUGAUCUCAUUAUUAGCUGCUAUUCAUUUUACUAGAAACAUAUUUUUUGAAUCCAUCCACCAGACUAUGUCAAUUCUAAUGUUUGCUGACUAAUUGUAAUAAUGUCCUCACUGCUGUAACAUUGCUCACCUCUAUGCUAAUGCAAAGUCUGUAACGAUUAAUGUUCCAGAGUUUACUUGAAUUAACGCAAAGCAAAGUAAAUAUCAGGAGUUAGUGACUCAGUAGGUCCAAAUGCUUUACUGUGUGUAGUUUAACACGGACUCAGGUGUUUCUGUAGAGUCAGGAGACUGAUUAAUAUGAACUGAAACCAAAUAAAUCAAAUGUGGAAACAUU